AUGAACACGCCUGUCGGUUCUGCCCCAAACGACGACGUCGUAAUCGCCCGGGCCCUCUUCGACAGUAAAGAUAAGGGACAAACUUAUAAACAAGCAUUAGAUGCGUUGCAUGGUGUUAAUAGUCAUGCUUCAAAUUUGUGGAAGGACUAUUAUCUGGAUCAUCACGAACGGCUUGACCUCCUUGUGUCGCGUCUUUCCGAUCAGCCUAUAAGUGCUAAGAAGCCAUUUGCACCAUCAUUUCGUUUGCAACCCACGAGUCGUGCCCACGGAGGAUCAUCAAAGACUCCAGAACCUACUGGACGAAAGACAUUUAAUAGCAUUACUGCCCCGUCACAAACACAAGAUGUACCCAACCUCCUCCCCCCACAUGCCUCCAUCAUUGUUCCUGAUGUUCCCUCGCGUUCUCCUACGCCACCAACCCUAAUCAUAGCAGGAAACAGAGGGAACAAGUAUACUGAGGAAGACCGGUCAUUUUUCUUGAAGUUCAUCAGUUGGGAGCUUAAGAAUGAUCCUUCGCUGUCCAAGAAAGAAUUAUGUGAGAAACUGGCUGAAAAGGCACCUCACCACUCUGCUACUUCUUGGGCAGGGCAUUGGCAUAGCCGCCAUGACAUUGCUGACAAGAUACUAGCUGCGGCCGAAGCACGCCUCGAAUCAGACGGCUCAGACUCUGAUGCUGAUGCUGACGGAGAGCAUGAAUAUUCAGCUGAGGAGAUUAUCGAUAGCGAUGAGGAAGAUGCUGCUUCUGCGAACUUGAUAGGAUCCGAAUAUGGGGACUUGGACGAUGAUACUGAAGAAGACGUCAAAGAGAUGGCUUUACCUGGAGCGGCUCCCAGACCUGCAGAUUUUCGUGUCCUCGCAAGGUAUAUAGCGUCCAUCUCUGACUGGGAUGCUCUUACGGCCGUUGCAAAUUUAAGGCAGUUUAGUGACAAACAUCCUCAAAAGUCCGCUAGGGCAUGGGCAGAAUUGUACAGCGACAAUGAUGAAGGUUGGUGCUCAUGCCCCAUAUUUCACUUUUCAUGA